UUGAACACUUGCUCCGGGAGAACCUGAUGGCUCCCAUGAGGCGAGCCCCCAGGAUGAGACUGCCCGAGCUGCUGAUUUUCCUGGCCCACUGGGGAGUCACCAAGGCUGGACAAGGGAAGUUCUGGCACAUCUCUGACCUGCACCUUGACCCGGACUACAAGGUGUCUGAAGACCCCCUCCAGGUGUGCCCAUCCGCUGGCUCCCAGCCGGUGCCCAAUGCGGGCCCCUGGGGCAACUACCUCUGCGAUUCUCCCUGGAUCCUCAUCAACUCCUCUAUCUACGCCAUGAAGGAGAUUGAGCCAGAGCCAGAUUUCAUCCUCUGGACUGGUGAUGACACGCCCCACGUGCCCAACGAGAACCUGGGAGAGGCGGCCGUGCUGCAAAUUGUGGAGAGCCUGACCGAGCUCAUCAGAGAGGCCUUUCCAGAUACUAAAGUCUAUGCGGCUUUGGGAAAUCAUGACUUUCACCCCAAAAACCAGUUCCCGGCCGGAAGCAACAAUAUCUACAAUCGGGUAGCAGAGCUGUGGCGACCCUGGCUCAGUAACGAAUCCAUUGCUCUCUUCAAAGAAGGUGCCUUCUAUUCUGAGAAACUGCCGGGGCCAAGUGCGGCUGGGCGAAUCGUGGUCCUCAACACCAAUCUGUACUAUAGCAACAACGAGCAGACGGCCGGCAUGGCCGACCCUGGCCAGCAGUUCCAGUGGCUGGAUGAUGUGCUGACCAAUGCGUCCCAAGCUGGGGAAAUGGUGUACAUUAUCGGCCAUGUGCCCCCUGGGUUCUUUGAGAAGACGCGGAACAAAGCGUGGUUCCGGGAGGGCCCCAACCAGGAGUACCUUAAAGUGGUCGGGAAGCAUCAUCGAGUCAUCGCAGGGCAGUUCUUCGGGCACCACCACACUGACAGCUUUCGGAUGUUCUAUGAUGAUGCAGGUGCCCCCAUCAGUGUCAUGUUCCUUACACCUGGGGUCACCCCAUGGAAAACCACGUUACCUGGAGUGGUCAACGGAGCCAACAAUCCAGCCAUCCGGAUGUUUGAAUACGACCGAGCCACACUGAGCCUGCAGGAGAAGCAGAUUUUGGAGGAAGACCAGAAGGCUGGCUUUCCUGUUAACUUUGGGAUGUCUAAGUGGCAUCCAGGUGAAAAUGCUGAGAGAAGAGGCAGCUGGGUAUUCAAGCUGGAGUUCCAGAAAGAGGACAUGGUGACCUACUUCUUGAACCUGAGCCAGGCGAACGCGCAGGGGGCGCCGCGCUGGGAGCUCGAGUACCAGGUGACCAAGGCCUACGGCGUGCCCGACGCAGGCGCCCGCUCUAUGCACGCGGCGCUGGGCCGCAUCGCCAGCGACCAGGGCGCGCUGCAGCGCUACUACGUCUACAACUCGGUCAGUUACGACACGCUGCCCUGCGACGAGGCUUGCCAAGCUGAGCACGUGUGCGCGCUGCGCGAAGUGGCCUUCGACGGGUAUGCCGCCUGCCUGCGCGCCCCCGGCGUCGCGCCCGCGCCCCGCCUCGCGCUCCUGCUGGUGGCGCUGCUGGGCCUGCGCACGCUGCUUGUGCCGUGACCUUGGGCGCCGCCCGCUGAUUGGCUUGGCUCGCCUUCCUCCUGGUAAAAUGGGGAGAGCAUCAGCCCCGAGAGCUGUACUUUCCACCCUUUCCCCGGCGUCCGCAGAAUGAACUGGGACGGGACAGCCGAUCAGGAAAUGAAGCCCCAAGGGCCCCACCAGAAGCACAUUUCUUUCAAGUUUCAUGUUUUAUCCCAAACACAAUGCUCUUCGUGCAUGUUAUUCUGUUAUUAAUUUGUAAAUCAUGUUUAAAGUAACUCCCUUGCCCA